AUGGCAUCUCAAUUUCCCAGUGGGAGCCGUCCAGGUCCUCAUCACGGUCCCCAAUUCGAACAGUUCUUGCUACGAAAACAUGGCGGUGAUCAGCUGCUGGACCAAGGGAAGAUAGAGGAGGCUCGACAGUUUUUCUGGCCUGCUAUUCGAGUUAUGUUGGGACCUGAUUUGCACGUUCCGACGUUGAAGAAACCAGAAGGUACUAUGGUCUGUCCAAAGUACAAGGCUAUGGAAGAUGGCAUCGACAUGGUACAGCUGUCGGGUUGCUAUACGGCUCUAAUACGCUGUGCUUUGAAGGACAAGGAUAUUGAAACCGCUCUAAUGUGGAUCGAAGAAAUGGAGGCGAUGUGGUACAACCAUUUCCUCACUUCCCCAAAACCAAUGUUCGAAUAUAUGUUCUUUAACGUCGAUGUCCCUGAAGUGACAUAUCAACGUGUUAUGGCCUGGACAUUGCUCUCCGACGCGUUGUUGAGCGAACUCGGCAACACAUCUGCGGCCUACUGGUUUCGCUGGAAGGCCUCGACACAUUUCGAAGACCUUCCUUGGACACAUCAGGUUCCCUAUAUCAAGGACAUGAACAACCUCGAAAAAAUGCUCCCAUUGACCGUUCUUCGCCACCCUGAUGCUCGCGUGUACGCCAAGUACGGCCUCAAGAACAAGCGCCUCCAAAUUGAAGGCUCAUGGCGGCGGAUUCGACAUCGUCCUCCUCCAAACAAGAACAAGAUGAAGAGGUCUGGGUUCUCUAGUUUCAUCUGGAAGAGUCAUCUAUACAUCGCUGGAGGUCGGGAAGACGUGAAUGGACCUUACUUCCGCGACUUCUGGUGUCUCGAUCUCAACAACCCAUCGAAGGGCUGGCGACAACUCCCCGAAUACCCUCUUCCUUUUGCGAUCACCAAUCUAUUCCUCGGGUGGUCGUUCCUUCUUGAUCCUCACGCCAAACGGGCCUACCUUUUCAACGGACUAAUCGACGUCGACUACUUUGACCUCACAACUGAGAAAUGGGGUCGCAUUUCUUGCAGCUAUAACCCAACCAAAGCGGAUAUCGCCGCGGGCGUCAAUCUUGGGUGGCCGUAUCCUGGGCGUCAGACAUCUGACUAUACCGCGCAAAUCGUGUUCCGGAACGAUGUGGCAGUGAAGAUCCUUGUCUUCGGCGGAACCCACGAAUUCACCAAUAUGGGGUGCAACAUUUUCAUGGAGCUGGACCUAUUGACCAAGAAAUGGAGGAGGCUUUCGGGAACUGUCGUACCCUCGAAGGAUGGCGAUCACUCGUGUCCCGACCCUAGGAAGUAUGGCGGAAGUUGGGUCGACCGCGACCAGCGCAAAUUCUACUUGCUGUAUGGCAACUUCGACCGACACCUGUUCGACUCGGAGAAGGAGCAUCAUCGAAGCGAAAAGGCCCACACGUGUACUGACUACUGGAGCUGGGAUAUUGAGAAGGAGAAGUGGAGCAGGGAGAGAAUACGUGGAAACUUCCCCUGUCCUCGUACGGAAUUCGGCGUAACUUAUAACCCUCACCUCAACAAAGUAUUCAUCUUCGGAGGGUACAGCGCUGCGUUCAUCACUUCAAUACCAGAGAAAGGACGUCAAUUCAACUAUGCCUACUUCGCGGACACCUUCAUGCUCGACAUAGACGAGUCCGAUCCCGAAGUCUUCGAUGUCCCCCUGGUCCCGCAAAACGCCUCUCCGCCAACUGCUCGAUCCAUCAAACACGCGAAAUGGCGACAGGUCGUCACCCCUGGCUUCCCGAACUACCGCUGCCAUGGCCAGCUCCUCACCGACCUCGACACGGGAAAGAUGUACAUGAUCGGAGGGUUCACCAACGACGACUGGAUGUCUACGGAGCGACUUCAAUUCAAGAGUACGUCGUUCAAUGAUCUCUGGCAGUUGAAGGUGAAUCUUUCCGGCGGGGACUUCGAGGAUGUUAAUAUCGAGGAGGAAUGGAAGACAGCGACGGCUGGUCCGUGGAGGCGAUGCUUUGCAUGUGGAUCGGCGGGACUGUGGAAGAAGUGUGGAGGGUCGUGUCGUGGUACAGCGUUCUUUUGCGAUAACGACUGCUUGAAGGAGGGGUGGAAGAUGCAUCGGGCGAUGCAUAAUUGUAAGAAAGUGAAGUAG